AUGAAUUUAUACUUCACUAGAAUCAAGCUGGGGUCGCCACCAAAGGAAUAUCAUGUUCAAGUUGAUACAGGAAGUGAUAUCCUAUGGAUCAACUGCGUUCCCUGCCAAAAAUGUCCCUCGAAAACUAAUCUGGGUUUCAGUUUAUCAUUGUAUGACGCGAAAGCUUCUUCGACUUCUAAGAAGGUUGGCUGCGAAGAUGAAUUUUGUUCUUUCAUAUCGAAUUCAGAUAGUUGUCAACCCACUAUCGGAUGUAGUUAUCACAUUGUGUAUGCGGACGAAAGCACAAGUGAGGGGAGCUUUAUAAGGGACAACUUAACACUCGAACAAGUUACCGGAGAUCUUAAAACCGGACCACUUGGGCAAGAAGUGGUAUUCGGGUGUGGUAGUGAUCAAUCUGGACAACUUGGGAAAUCUGAGUCAGCGGUUGAUGGUGUUAUGGGAUUUGGACAAGCAAAUACCUCUGUGCUUUCACAACUAGCUGCCACAGGGGACGUGAAAAGAGUCUUUUCGCAUUGCUUGGAUAAUGUGAAAGGAGGUGGGAUUUUCGCGGUUGGUGUUGUGGAUUCUCCAACUGUUAAAACGACCCCUAUGGUACCUAAUCAGAUGCAUUAUAAUGUUAUGUUGAUGGAUAUGGAUGUCGAUGGUGUUCCUCUUGACCUUCCACCAAGUAUUGUCAGGAACGGAGGAACAAUUAUUGACAGUGGUACAACUUUGGCUUAUUUACCACAGGCUCUUUACGAUUCCUUAAUAGAAACGAUCACUGCUCGUCGACCUGUUAAACUACACAUAGUAGAAGAAACUUUCCAGUGUUUCAGCUUCAGUAAAGAGUAA